UAAUUUUAUGGUUGGGUCACAACAUGAGGAACUGUAUUUAAAGGGCCAGAAGGUUGAGAACCACUGUUCUAAAGGGUCAUGGGGGAGCUUGAUGAAAAUGCAGGUGUCUGAGUGCACCCCCAGACACAGACCUCCCCAGGAAACACACACACACACACACACACACACACGGCUGUGGUCGCCCUUCUACAUACAGACGACCAGAGGGACAUGGCUUGUCCCGGGGCACCCAGCAUGUAGCUCAGUGGCUGAGCGAGAACCCAGGUCCCCUUGGGCGUGUUGUGCCUUUCACUGUGCGACGCUGCCUUUUCUGAACUUGAAGGGGCCCUCCUCCCUUCCUGCCCCUUCCUCCCCCCCUCCCCUACUUUCUUGGGGAACCAGCUGGGCCCUGGCAUUUCCAGCCAAUGCUGAAAUGGAGCCCCAGGGAACGAUACAACUUACAAAACUGAGAAAAAUGGAGAAAAGGGCAAGGGCACGAGGGAGAGAGGAGAACCUCUUGUGGGGAGUACGGGAGGGGAGGAGGGAAUGGGAAGCCAGGCCAAGGUGUCCUGGAAGCUGGGGAGCUGGGGGCGGGGCCACCAGCCUGCCUCUGACCCGGGAGGGCUCAGGGGGCAGGCCUGGAAACCACAACCUCCCUGGCCCCCAGGAGCCAGCCUCUGCCCCUUCACCCCGCUCUGCUCUGUGACAGCUGGCCCGGUGCUGCAGGCCCAGAGGGGCAGCCGGUCAGUUGGUUGGUGAGUUAGUGUGAGUUUCCUACCCGGACAGCCCAGUCCAGCUGGUGGGGCUGGGGCGCGGGUGUGGCACCAGGAGUGGGUGGCCCAUGCCCUCCCAGGCCAGCUCCCAGCAGCGUUAGGACCAGCAGCUGGACACGCUGCCCCAGGGCUUAGGAUCCCAGCUGGGAAGGUGAGUCAGCCAGCGGGCCGGGCUCCUGGAAUCGGGACCAGCGGCUCCUGUUGGAGGCGCCCCACCACCCAUGUCACCGGCAGAAAAACUGGACCCGCUUCCUGACACCUUCAUCCUGCAGCCGCCUGUCUUCCACCCGGUGGUUCCUUAUGUCACAACCAUUUUCGGCGGCUUACGCGCCGGCAAGAUGGUCAUGCUGCAGGGCGAGGUCCCGCUAGAUGCACGCAGGUUCCAAGUGGACUUCCAGUGCGGCUGCAGCCUGCACCCCCCGCCCGACAUCGCCAUCCACUUCAACCCUCGCUUCCACACCACCCAGCCGCACGCCAUCUGCAACACCCUGCAGGCCGGGCGCUGGCAGGCCGAGGCCCGGUGGCCCCGCCUGGCCCUGCGCCGGGGAGCCAGCUUCCGCAUCCUCUUCCUCUUUGGACACGAGGACAUGAAGGUGAGCGUGAACGGCCGGCACUUCCUCCACUACCGCUACCGGCUCCCGCUGUCCCGCGUGGACACCCUGGGCAUAUUCGGGGACAUCCUGGUGAAGGCUGUUGGAUUCCUGAACAUCAACCCGUUCCCAGAGGGCAGCAGCGAGUAUCCAGUUGGACACCCCUUCCUGCUGGGGAGCCCCAGGAUGGAGGUGCCCUGCUCACGCCCCCUUCCCCGGGGUCUCUGGCCGGGACAGGUCAUCGUGCUGCGGGGGCUGGUCUUGCCGGAGCCCAAGGACUUCACGCUGAGCCUGGUGGACGAGGCCGCGCGUGUCCCCGUGGCUCUCAGGGCCUCCUUCGCAGACAGGACGCUGGCGUGGGUGUCGCCCUGGGGGCGGAAGCAGCUGAUCUUGGCCCCCUUCCUCUUCUACCCCCAGCGGUUCUUCGAGGUGCUGCUGCUGUGCCAGGAGGGAGGGCUGAAGCUGGCGCUCAACGGGCAGGGCCUGGGUGCCACCAGCCUGGGCCGGCAGGUCCUGGAGCGGCUGCGGGAGCUGCGGGUCAGCGGCACCGUCCAGCUGUACUGUGUGCACCACUGAGGAGGGCCCGGGACGAGGAGGGCCCGCCACACCCGGCCCCACACUCUGCCACCCCUCGAAGUGCCUGCCUGUCGCCGCCAUGCCAGGCCCAGCUCACUUCCAGGGUCCGCAGGGGCUGGGCCCCCCACAGAAGGCAGGCAGGGGGGUGUGAGGGCGUUUCCAGCUCUGGGCCUCCCUCCCCCAGGAGCUGGGGGUUUGCUUCCAUCUUCCUUCAGGGCUUCGAGAGGAGGCAGGUUGUGUAGCCGAACAAAGGGACAGAGUCCUGGCUCAGGGACGUGACAGGCUCCCGCCGCCCACCUGACAGUGGAAGAGAACGGGCUGUGCCCACGGACCCCCAGGGUCAUUGUAGCCAGCGCCCCACUGCCCCAGGCCAGCAUGUCGGGGGUCGGGGUGGCUCUGCUCCCGGCACUUGCCCACACAUUUCGUUCUUGUGAGAACCCAGGGAUGUGGAUGGGAUGGAGGACGAGGUGUGGCAGGCUUGUCCGAUGUUGUAGAGCGGGUCCCCGGGCACCAGGUCAGAAGCAGCUCUGUCCCCUGGUCAGCGCUCAUGCUCAGGUUCCCAUGGACGGUGCUGGGCGUGUGGCUCCCCGGCCACAGCGCUGUCCCGGGAGGAGAAACACCUGUAGGAGGUCAGCCGCCGUGGGUUUGGGCAAACACCGUGUGCUUGUCGGAAAGGCGUGGGAAGUGAAACCCACCUAGCAGGCAGUUGUGCGAAAUAAUGAGUUGAAAUUGUUUAACAUGCCGCGUACCAAGUUGGAAUCAAUAAAUGGUGGCUCUCACUGCUA